AUGAGCGGCUCCGGUGACGACAGAUGGCGUGGAGGACCUAGUCGCCAGUCGUCACAACGCCAGAACCGCGGCGGACAAGGUGGCCAGCGCGGUGGCAAUGCCGCUUGGAGUGGCUCGGGUCCGGCGCAGGAACAGCAUGUUCCCGUCCGUGGCUUCAAUGCUGCCGAGACCAAGAGUGCUCUGAAGAGAGCAAACACAAUGGCCAACGGCAAGGACUUCUUCGUCGAGCUCCGGAAACAGGUCGCAAUCUUGCAGCGAGGCGGCACGCCGGCAGGCGGCUGA